CCUAUGGGUUCCCUAUGGGUCUCUACGGGUCCCUGUGGGGUCUCUAUGGGGUCUCUAUGGGUCUCUAUGGGUCUCUAUGGGUCCCUGUGGGGUCUCUAUGGGGUCUCUAUGGGUCUCUAUGGGGUCUCUAUGGGUCCCUAUGGGGUCUCUAUGGGUCUCUAUGGGUCCCUAUGGGUCUCUAUGGGUCUCUACGGGUCCCUGUGGGGUCUCUAUGGGGUCUCUAUGGGUCUCUAUGGGUCUCUAUGGGUCUCUAUGGGUCCCCAUGGGGUCUCUAUGGGUCUCUAUGGGUCCCUAUGGGUCUCUAUGGGUCUCUAUGGGUCCCUAUGGGUCUCUAUGGGUCUCUAUGGGUCCCUAUGGGGUCUCUAUGGGUCUCUAUGGGUCUCUAUGGGUCUCUAUGGGUCCCUAUGGGGUCUCUAUGGGUCUCUAUGGGUCUCUAUGGGUCCCUAUGGGGCGCUAUGGGGCAGGGUUGGGUCCAUGUGGCCCCGCCCCCCCCCGCAGCUCCCCCCUCCCCCCCCCGGCCCGGGCCCCUCCCCCCGCCGAGGAGCGCGAUGACGAUUACACCAACGACACCUACGUCACCGGCUACGUUGACGUCAUCCCGGACGAGGAGAGCGACCGCGCGGCGCCCCCUGGUGGCGACUACGAGAAUGUCCCGGAUGGAGCCCAGAGCCCCUUUGGCGGCAGCCUCGAGUACAUCAACCUCCCCGCGGGCGGUGCGAGCGAGAGCGAGGACAACGGAGGCGACUACGAGAACUUCUAGGUCACGUGACCCCCAUGGCCCCUCCCCCCUCC